UGCGCGUCUCUGAUUGGUCAAUACGCGGUCUAUGCCAAAUACAAUCGUUUGGAGAAAGUCUAUCGGAUCGCAGUCAAGAUGAGUCUGAGAAAGCAAACCCCGAGCGACUUCCUGAAGCAGAUAAUCGGGAGACCAGUGGUGGUCAAACUGAACUCUGGCGUCGAUUACAGAGGUGUCCUGGCCUGCCUCGAUGGUUACAUGAACAUUGCCAUCGAGCAGACCGAGGAGUAUGUGAAUGGGCAGCUCAAGAAUAAGUAUGGAGAUGCGUUUCUCAGAGGAAACAAUGUCCUUUACAUCAGCACCCAGAAGAGGAAGUCGUAGUGAAGACCCUUCUGUUUUUCAUUUUAUUUUGUCGCGGUUGAUGCGUCAGUGGAUAACUGUCCUGUUUUUGGUUUUGUAAAGCCUGAUGUCCUGAAGAAUGUGGAAUUAGUUAAUAAACUUUGAGUUUUGA